AUGCGGCGUGGCUUCUCGCCGGUGUUCUGUACCUUGUUGGUUUUCGGCUCGAGUGCAAUCAGUGCGAGCCGGCUCUCGGAUAUCAGAAAUGUGCGUAGUGUCGAAACGACGACGGCAACUAACACGGACGACUCCGCGGACAUCCGUGACAGUCGACAGAGUGACGACGACAGAUUUGGAUAUCGAAGACGGAACGUGACUGUGGAUCUCGAAGCGAAGUUGAGUUCCUUGAUCGACUCAGUCCUCGGUAGAAUUUCGGAGAAUCACGCAGCAUCCGGGGCCUUCGAUAGUCUGGACGAAGCUUGUAGCCAAUCUCUACUGAGAUGGGUCGUAGGACUCAAGAAGAUGCAGCCGUGGGCCUUAAAACUGCUCGAUGCGAUGGGUCGUCCGCCUUCAGGCUUAGCGUCAGGGACGAUAUCGGAUCUCGGUCAAUAUGAUCAAUGCUUGAAGACAGUGGCCAGGGACCGGAGCGGGGACGAAGUUUUUCGAGGUCAAUACUGCUCCCUCUUCUUGAAGCCAUCGAGCCUGGAUUCCAUGAAAAGCCUGACUGGGAAGAUGACCCCUGACGACGAAAACGAGGUGCACCUGGAUCUUCAAGUUUUCCUCGAAGCCAACCAAGAUGUUUCUCACGGUCUCAGGAUCGGAGUGUGUGUUCCGUCGACGUGUUCGGGCAAUGAUUUGACAACGCUGAUGAAUUCUGUGACGAAAGAUUUCGCUCUGAGUGCGUCAUUCCGAGGUUGUGCUGUCAAACAGAAGACGAGAUUGAAAGCCUACGAAAAAGUUCUCAUGUGUGUCGUCUCCUUGAUGAUGUCCUUCGUUAUCGUUGCCACUGCGUUGGACGUUUUUGUGAAAUCUCGAUCGAAAAAAUCUUCUCUGGCGAGAAGUCUUUCAGAGGGAGCACCGGGCGUCUACAUCGAAUCAUUCUCGGCUGUGACUAAUACACAGAAACUGCUCUACGUACCCCUCAAAAGGGAUAUGCCAGAAACGCAAAGGAAACUCUCAUUCUUCCAUGGAGUCAGGUUCUUCAGCUCGUGCUGGAUUAUCCUCGGACACGGUUAUCUCACGAUCGAACCCUCGGCGACAGGGGAACUCAGUCGAGCCAUGCAAUUCGGCCGUAGUUGGCUCUGGUGCCUCGUCGGAAACGCGUAUCCGGCGGUUCAAACGUUCCUCUACAUGAGCGGCUUCCUCUUGGCAUAUAAUUACCUGGAGUUUGAGAAGAAGGGUGGCGCCAGGAUGAGCACAUCCGUGAAAGUGACCACUUUGCUCCUACGAAGGUACAUCCGUGUGACGGCUCCUCUGAUGUUCGUCGUCGGCUGUUGGCUCCUCGUCCCUUUGAUGUUCGAUGGACCCCUACAAGUGGAGCACAAUGGACCGUUUUUCGAAAGUUGCCAACGCAACUGGUGGAAAGUUCUCCUACACAUAAACAAUCUGAGCGACUUUUUCGACAUGUGUUUGCAGCAUACAUGGUAUGUUGGCGUCGACUGGCAGAUUUACAUGUUCAUAUGGAUUAUCCCCAUCCUGAUGACGAGGCGACCGCGACUGGCUCUGACCAUCUCCAUCAGCUUGAUCGUCGUGACAUCGACGAUCGUCUUCGCUCAGGCCUAUGCGAACUCCUAUCAACCCGUGUCCCUCUACACACAGCCUCAGUUAUCAGCAACCAUGGAAAUGAUGAAAGCCAUCUAUUAUCGACCGCAUGCACACGUUGCGUCCUACGUCAUCGGAGUUGUGAUGGGAUACAUCAUGGUGAACUGGAAGGAACUCAGACUCAACGAGGUAUACAACGAUAUGCCGGAGGAGCAGGGUCAACCUGAACUCAGUUGGUGUCUCCGGUACUCUGGAUGGACCUUCUCCACAGCCGUGGCUCUGGCCGUUAUUUUCAUUCCGUAUAAAUGGUUUAGCGGCGCCCCCUGGGACGGCCUGGACUCAGCGAUUUAUGCCGGCUACGCAAAGGUCGCCUGGGCUUUGACUCUAUGCUGGUUGACAGUGGUCUGCGUUCAAGGAUACGGAGGGGCCGUUAACUCCUUGCUCAGCUGGCGAGCGCUUGUGCCUUUGAGUAGGCUGACCUACGGAGCGUAUCUCAUCCAUUCUCCUCUCUACCUCGUUCGAGCGGGUAUUCUCCGCGAACGAUUCUCGAUCCAACAUUACCAUUUGGUAAUGGAGUUCUUCGGCUGCUUGACGAUGGCAUACUUGCUCGCAUAUCUCAUGUACUUAGUCUGCGAAGCGCCAGUUGCUCGACUCGAGAAGCUCGCCUUCGAAGGGUCGAAAAAGAAAAUACGCGAGGAGCCCUCGUCGAGGAUCGACGCCCUCAGUAUAAAACUGGAAUCCGGUCAAACAUUCGUCACUCUCGUUCCCGAAAGUAAGCUCGCCUUCACGAACAAUAUGGACUUCUUCCGUUUCUCUCUCUUCCAUCAUGUCUCGGAUUUCGGUUUCCGGAGGGAUCGUCUCAAGCGUGAGCUGACGGAGCUCAAAAAGCAAUAUGCGGAGUUUUGCUCCUUUCUCGAGGAGCAAAAAUCUUUCACGGACACGAUGCUCUACCAGACCCGUUACUGGCGAUUCUCGAAUCUUAGAGACCGUGCCGAGCAUGCGCUUUCUCGGGCUAGGUGCCUGAGCGGUAAGGCAGAUCCUCUGGUGGAUGAUUAUUCUCCGUCCUCUGACUUCUCAUUGGAAUUGAGGCCGGAUGAGCACUACAUCACUAGCAAAUCCGGGCGAUAUGAGGCCUUCUUGGUCGUCGCCAAAUGUACCCGGAAUCUGCUCCGCGAGUUCUCUUUAGCGGUCAAAGAGCUCGAUGAGACGAAGAAGGCCGAGCCCACUGGAGCGAGGUCGCAGGGGACCACUCCCGCUGGAGCGAGGUCGCAGGGGACCACUCCUGCUGGAGCGAAGUCGCAGGGGACCACUACCGCUGGAGCGAAGUCGCAGGAGACAACUCCCGCUGAAGCAAAGUCGCAGGAGACCACUCCCGCGGUAGAGGCACCACAGAAAGCCGCAUCCGCUAGAAAGGAUCCACGGAAGGACGCACGUCUGAGCAAGGAGAAGUCAGCUGUACGCAGGAACAAAUACCUGGCCACGGAGCCAAUGAAACCACGAGAGGAAGGCCCGACCCAGAGGAUCCGAGAGGAACGAAACAGCGCAACCCCGACCAGGAAACCUAGACAACUCAGGGAGAUCGCCCCACAAGCCCGGAAAAUCCAAUCAGCGAAACGGGACGAGCUUCCGACGACAAAACCCCUGGAGCAACGGGAUUCCGCACCGCGGGCUGCGAGCUGCCAAACAGCGAAUAGGGGCGCGCCGCUGAUCUCGAAACCUAAGCCAAGCAAAGGUGCACCUCAGACUACGGGGUCCAAAUAUGCCAAGAGAAACGCGACCAUGUUCUAUGAAAGGCAGAGCGCGACCGGGACCAAGUCCUCCCAGAAUAGGGACCCAGCUGCUGCCCUUCGCCAGCAGCAUGAUUCUUCGAUGAUCGACAGGGCAGAAAUGGCGGCCAUCGUCGCGAGCGUCCGACUUCAACGGCAGCGUCACACGUAA